AUGCAAGGUCCACCAUCUAAGACGAUAGGCCUUGCAGUUUUAGAUAACUUUUUGUACCUAGUAGGUGAUGGUAUUCUGGAUGAAAAAUCAAUGAAAAGAUAUUCUUUUGAGCAGAACCAAUGGUUUAAGUGUUCGUGUUCAUCGUGUUCAGCGUAUUUGGGUCGAAGUAACCUAGCAGUUGUUGCCACAAAUUCUCUGUUAUAUGUCAUAGGCGGUAACAAUAUAAAUUACGAUGGACUAUUGGAAACAUCGAGGUUUGCUGAGGCCCAUUAUUUAGUAAGCUUGUUGAAUGGUUCGCGGGACUUCAUCUUCUCCAAUUUCGUAGAAGUAACAAUGGAGCAAGAGUUUCUUGAGAUUCCUAAAGAAACUCUACUAAUGGGUAUAGUAGAACAUCGAGGUCUCAUUUACAUUAUGGGUGGAUAUACGGACACUGACAACGACCUGCGUGAUCUUCUCUCAUACAAUCCUGUGACUGGGGAGUGGAAGAAUCUAGCACCAAUGCUAGGUGAACCAUGUGACACGAUAUGUGUUGCAGUUUUGAAUAACUUUCUGUACGUAGUAGGUGGUACUGAGUUGGAGGAAAUGGAAAGAUAUUCUUUUGAACAGGCGGUGACAUUAGAAAUGAUGAUGGACAGUGGAUAUAUGAACUUUUACAACCCCAUGCAUGAUCUUCUCUCAUACAAUCCUGUAACUGGGGAGUGGAGAGCGCUAGCAGGACGUGCUCCACCUCGCUACAACUACAUGGGUGUUGCAGUUUUGAAUAACUUUUUGUAUUUAGUGGGUGGCCUUCUUUUUAAUGAAGAAGCGGAAAAAUCACUAGAAAGAUAUUCUUUUGAACAGAACAAAUGGUUUAAGUUUUCAUCAAUGAAUUUUGAUCGAAGUAUCCCAGCAGUUGUUGCCACAAAUUCUCUGUUAUAUGUCAUAGGAGGUCACCGUCAAAAUAACCUUAAUAGAUUGGAAGAUGAUUGGACUGGGAUAUCUUCUAUGGUGACCCCACGAUGUCAUUUUGGAUUAUGUGCUCAUGAAGGUUACCUCUAUGCCUUCGGUGGUAGGACGAAGGGAUGUGAUGACAUAUCCCCAAAUAUUGAAAGAUAUGAUCCUUUUGCAGAUGAGUGGAGAUUAUUAGAGUCAAAUAUGCCAAAAGUUAUAUCCCAUGGACGUAUGGACUCUUAUAACCCCUUUCAUGAACUUCUCUCAUACAAUCCUGUAACUGGGGAGUGGAGAGAUCUAGCAGCACUGAGUGCUCCACCUCGCUACAACUACAUGGGUGUUGCAGUUUUGAAUAACUUUUUGUAUUUAGUGGGUGGUCUUUUUAAUGAAGAAGGGGAAAAAUCACUAGAAAGAUAUUCUUUUGAACAGAACGAAUGGUUUAAGUGUUCAUCAAUGAAUUUUUGGCGAAGUAUCCCAGCAGUUGUUGCCACAAAUUCUCUGUUAUAUAUCAUAGGUGGUCAUCGUCCCAAUGACCACCUUGAACUGAACCAAUGGUUUAAGUGUUCGUCUUCAGAGUAUUUGGGUCGAAGUAGCCCAGCAGUUGUUGUCACAAAUUCUCUGUUAUAUGUCAUAGGCGGUUACUGGAGUGGUUUGAAUGGAAUUGGAAUGGUAAGGAAAGAAGAAUAA